AUGUGGGCAGGCCAACCGCCAUCGGCCCCGUCGGAGGGGCCCCCCAUAGAGGGCCCCCUGAGGAGAGGCCCGGGGCCUCGCAAAGGACCUAAGCGACCUAUUUGCAAGUCAGAAACAGGGGCACCACCACUCGAAGGAAAGCCUGGGAGGGCUUACGGCAGCCCACCUACAGAAAGUAGUUACCGGAGAGCGGUCCUAGGCUGCCGUGGGACCCAACCGAAGUGCGACACAGGGCCGCUCGUGGGCUGCAGUGGCCGCAGGGCCCGGGCAAGGCUUGCAAGCUCAACCUACGAAAAUCAUCCCCCAGAGGGCCGACCGGGAGCUACUAGUGCGGGGAGCCAACGUGUCAGCACGACCUUGCACAAAGGUCCCCAGUCGAAGAUCAUCGCAGGCCAUCAAUCCAAGCCUUCAACCAAGCAGGGAGCUAUUGCAGCCCGGAAGCUCCCUAGCGGGGACACAGUGGUAACGUUCAACGACUCGAACACCAAAAGCUGGCAUUUCCAACCAACACCCAGUAGGAUUCAACAAGCCUUCGGGGAGCAGGCUAAAGAGGCUGGCAGAACUUACGCAGUGCUGUGCUUCAAGUGUUGGAAAUGGGGCCACAUACAGAGGUUUUGCCAGAAAGAGGCCCUGUGUGGGAGGUGUGGUACGGGGGCCCAUGGGGAGGGCGGGAGGGCCGGGGAGGCCCUCUGCCCUACCCAGCAGGGUCAGGUGCCCUGUAAGUGCCCCUGCUGCGGAGGAAGGCACCCGGGCUGGGCCAAGGAGUGCCCGGGAAGGGCCAGGGCCAAGAAGGAGGCGAGAGAGGCAUACCAAUACCGACCAAGGGUGUUCGAGCCAGCUCGGACAGCAGCUGCGGAGCCUAUAACAGCACCAAGAUCAGCAUUCACCUACGAGAAGGCCCGACCACAGGAGGAGGAAGUCCUGCUGUGGAACACCGAAGGAAACAAGCAGGCACUCGAGGCCCUGCUAGAAGAAGCGCAGUACGACCUAAUGGCUAUUCAGGAGCCAUGGAUCAACCAACAAACCAAGUCAACCUACUGUCCCAGAGGCUCGAAAUACCACCUAGUUCAUAAAGCAAGUGGGCGAGCGGCUAUAUUCGUCAGCCGAAAGUUCGACACAGGACAGUGGGAAUAUGAGACUUCAGAGGAACAUUGUAAGGUAUGGUUCCCAGGGCUCGGGAACAGUGGACUAGAACUCUGGUCUAUCUAUAACCCCCUUGAGGAUAAAACCCUCCUACAAACCCUCCUAAGUCGGCCGGCCCCAGCCUACUCAGUAGUAUUAGCGGGGGACUUUAACCUACACUAUCCGCAAUGGGACCGGUUUGGCCGGUACGAAAGGAAGGCCGAGGCUCUCCUAGAGUUGGCACUACAGUGGGAUCUCGAUCUUCGAACUCCAGCAGGCACUAUAACCAGGGCACCGCAGGGGGCCCAGCGAGGCCGCACUUCGACAAUAGACCACUUCUGGGCAUCAGUGGGUCUACAAACGACCUACUACGGCCUGGAAUACAGGGGGAAGUCAGACCACUACCCACAGAUUUUGGAAGCUGACAUCGGAGGCCCCCUACCACAACAAACCCAGCCAGGGGGUUGGAACUGGAAGAUGAUGGACAGGCGUAGGGUGGAGGCCGAGGCGGCCCUCCUACCAGAGAAAAUAGGCCUAGAGGACCCAGGGCCACAGGGCCUCCGGGCACAAGUCAGGGAGCAGGAGGGUUUAAAAGAAGCAUUCAACUGGUUGGUCGAGGAGCUACAGAGGAUAGCUGAAGUGGCCACCCCUCGGAAGAAGGCCAACAGAGGCCACGGCUCGCCGUGGUGGUCAGUGGAGGUCCAGGAGGCCCAGGGAGAGGCAAGGAGAGCCGAAAGGGAGUGCAAGGCAGCCCCGUCGGAGCACAACAAAGAAAGACUUAACCAAGGUCUACGGGCCCUCGCGGCCACCAUCAACAAAGAGAAAACGAAGACCUGGAGGACAACAAUGCAGAAAGCCACCCACAAAACCGACCUGCUAUGGAGCCUAGAACGCUGGGCCCGUUGCAGAAGCUUCGCCCCCCCAGAUCCCCCGAAACUACCCGCUCUCACAGGGCCCCCCAGGAGGCCAGGACCUCUCCACCCACAAGGAGAAGGCGGAGGCCUUAGCACGCCGGUUCUACCCUAA